AUCCUGUAUGAGAAAAUGGUCACCGUGGUCAAAAUAGUAUCUAGAAAAAGCGCGAGCUAAGGCAAUUCAUUCACUUCGAACUCAGAUUCGUUUUCGCUCAGGUGAAAGGACUUUAAUUAUGGGAAAUGCAGAGUCUAGUGAUUCUCAUGCUGAUUUUCACCAGCGACCCCGUUCCUCUGAUGGAAGUUCAGCAAAUACUAACCACCAAUAUCAUCAAACCCCUUCCUUCGUUGGAAGUUCAGCAAAUGCUAGUCAUCGAUAUCAUGAGCACCCUUCCUAUGAUGAAAGUUCAAUGAAUACUAGCUAUCGAUAUCAUCAACCGGUUCAACCCUCUUUAUAUGCUGGGAGUUUAGUGAAUACCAAACAUCAGCAUAAGCAGCAACCCACAUAUAUAGCUGACAAUUUCAGUUCAUUGGAUCAGGUUGUUUCCGCUUUGAGAGAAGCUGGUUUGGAGUCUUCGAAUCUUAUAAUUGGUAUUGACUUCACCAAAAGCAAUGAGUGGACAGGAAAAUAUUCUUUCAACCAUAAAAGCCUUCAUUAUAUUGGAAACACUCCUAAUCCAUAUGAGCAAGCGAUCUCUAUUAUUGGCCGUACUCUCUCUUCGUUUGAUGAAGACAAUCUGAUCCCAUGUUUUGGAUUUGGUGAUGCAUAUACACAUGAUCAGAAUGUGUUCAGCUUUUAUCCUGAUGAUCGCUAUUGUCACGGUUUUGAGGAAGUACUUGCACGCUACCGAGAGAUUGUGCCACACUUAAAAUUGGCAGGUCCAACAUCAUUUGCCCCUGUAAUCGAUGCAGCAGUUGAUAUUGUGGAAAGAAGCAAUGGUCAAUACCAUGUUCUUGUCAUUAUUGCUGAUGGACAGGUUACCAGAAAUUCAGGCACACCACAUGGAAAGUUUAGUCCACAGGAACAAGCAACUAUUAAUUCCAUUAUUGCUGCAAGUCACUAUCCCCUCUCAAUUAUUUUGGUUGGAGUUGGAGAUGGUCCAUGGGAUGAAAUGAAGCACUUCGAUGAUAGCAUUGCUCAGCGCUUAUUUGACAACUUUCAGUUUGUGAAUUUCACAAAGAUCAUGGCUGAAAACAAAGAUGCAUCAAAGAAGGAAGCAGCAUUUGCACUUGCUGCCCUUAUGGAAAUUCCAAUUCAAUACCGGAUAACCCAAAACCUUCAACUGGCCAAUGAAAAGUCAAUUAGCCAUCAACGUAAAAGGCCUUUUCCUCCGCCUAAGGAAGUAAUAGAUCGUGACAAUGCAGUUCUAGCAGUUCCAAAAUUUGAAUCAGUUGAGCCAUCAGCUCCAGCUACGGUAGAAUCAGCAUGCCCUAUUUGCUUAACCAAUCCGAAGGACAUGGCUUUUGGAUGCGGUCAUACAACUUGCAAGGAGUGUGGCGUGACAUUGUCUUCUUGCCCUAUGUGCCGGCAGCCAAUUACAACUCGCCUGAGACUAUUCACUUGAAUUGGACAUUUCUUAACACAUCAUUCAUGCUUUAUAUUUCCGCUAUUACCUGUAUAAGAAAUCUAAUGAACCUGUAAAAUCUCCUUCACAAGAUGUACAGAAAGGUUUGUAUGUACAGUGUAUUUUUGUUUGUGUUCAAAAAAAAUAAAUUAUGCUCAUUUAAUUUGGAA